AUGCUUGCUAUUGAAAGUAGCUUAAAUGCAACACAUUUUUAUUUGCUUGGCUUUCAAGUUUCUCCAUUGGUUAAGACCCUACUUACAAUAAUAUUUUCUAUAGCAUAUGCCUUCACAAUCUUGGAAAAUUUGGCAAUUAUUGCCAUUACAAUAUGGGAUCCAAAACUCCACACACCCAUGUACUUUUUUCUUAGCAAAUUAUCAUGGUUGGAAACUGUUUAUGUCUCUGUUACUGUACCAAAAAUGUUAAGUGACCUGUCGACAGGAAAUAGAAUUAUACCUGUAUAUGGCUGUUUGUUGCAGCUCUAUGUAUUUCUUUCAAUUGGGUGUUCUGAAUGCUUCUUAUUGGCUGCCAUGGCCUAUGACAGAUAUCUUGCCAUAUGUAAGCCUUUACUCUACCAUAGUAUUAUGACUAGCAAGAUGUGCUGGAUCCUAACUUUGGGAAGUCUGUUUUUAGGUUUUUUGGCAUGCUCAUUCUCUAUAGGCUUGAUUGCACAACUCAACUUUUGUGGCUCCAAGAUAAUUAACCAUUACUUAUGUGAUAUUUCACCAGUCAUAAACCUCUCUUGUGAUGAAAUUUAUACUGUAGAGUUAAUUGAUUUCAUAACUGCAUUGGCUGUAUUGAUUAGCUCAUUAGUCCUAGUAAUAAUAUCUUAUGUCUAUAUAAUAUCUACUAUAAAAAAUUUACCUUCUGAUAGAGGCUGGAAAAAAGCCUUCUCCACUUGUGCUUCCCACUUGACAGUAGUGGUUUUAUUUUUUGGCACAACUAUAUUUAUGUAUGCAAGACCUCAAGCUAUUGAUUCAUUUGACUCCAACAAAGUUCUGUCUGUCUUAUACUCUUUCAUUAUUCCCAUGCUAAAUCCACUAAUUUACACUUUAAGAAACAGUGAUAUGAAGAUAAGUUUGUCUGCAAUGUUUUCCUUUAAUGCUGUUUCAAGUAAGGCUUAA